AUGUCGGAUCCCAAUUCGCCGGUGUCAAUAGCCUCACUUCUCCGUCAUCAUAAGGAACUCAAGCAGAGACAAGGGCUUUUCCAGUCUCGACGAAUGGAUUUCUUUCGUUUCAAGAGAUUUGUAAGAGCGUUGAAAUCACCAGAGUAUGCAGUAAAUUCCAAGGAUGAUCCGGAACAGUACCCACCUAUAACGAACGACGAGGAUGCUCGUAACAUAUUCAUAUCGUUGAUAAAAGCGCAGUUAGUGGUUCCUUGCACCAAGCUUCAUACUUCUGAAUGCAAAGACCACGGGAUUAAGCCAAAUAAAGACUAUCCAAGUUUGCUGCUCUCCACGAAGGCCACAUUGGUUCCGGACGAAUACUAUGUGUGGACAUACAACCCGAAAACAGAAAUGGACUAUUUAAUUCUCUUGGGGAUAACAUUAGGUAUCUUUGCCUUCGUAUGCUAUCCACUAUGGCCCCAAUCAAUGAAGCGUUUGGUAUACUACUUGUCGCUAAGCAUGCUCGCUCUAAUUGCACUCUUUUUUGGCAUCGCUAUCGUUAGGUUUGUUAUCUACAUCUUCUCACUAGCCAUAGUUAGUAAACAUGGCGGGUUCUGGAUAUUCCCAAACCUCUUUGAAGACUGUGGCGUCUUGGACAGUUUUAAACCUAUUUAUGGCUAUGGAGAAGUUGAUUGUUAUAGCUACAUUAAAAAGCUGAAAAGAAGGAAGAAGAGAUUGGACAAGAAGAAACAAUAA